AUCGCUCCUUGUAUUAAGGGCCGGAGAAUAUUAUUAAAAUAGUAUGUGUGAUAUCUAAUUUAGUAGUUAGUACAAUCAACAAUUCCUCAUAGAAAACACACCCACAUAAUUAUUACCAAUGGGUUCGAUUGUUAAAGAGAAGCAACAAACAAAUGUGUUGCUAGUGACUGUUGCAAGCCAAGGUCAUGUAAACCCAAUGCUAAGGCUAGGAAACCUUCUUGCAUCCAAAGGCCUUCAUGUUACUCUAGCCACUCAUGAGCAUGCCCUCAACCAUUGCUCCAACAAAGUUGGCCCUGUCCACCUCGAGUUCUUCUCCGAUGGCCUUCCCCAAGCGUAUAAUCGACAAGCCGAUGAUGAUUUCGAUUAUUACAUGAAUUCGUUACGUACACACGGACCUGUAAACCUCUCCACCCUUAUUCGAUCCCACUCUCGUAAAUUCUCUUGCAUCAUCAACACCCCUUUUGUACCAUGGGUGGCUGACGUGGCAGCCCAAUUAGGGCUGCCAUGCGCCAUGGUGUGGAUCCAGCCAUCCACACUGUAUCAAAUAUAUAAUUGCUUUUACAAUCACCUCAACGAGUUCCCUACCAAAAAUAACCCUCACAUGAAUGUGAAAUUACCAGGCUUGCCAUCCAUGUGUACCAACGAGCUACCUUCGUUUGUCCUUCCAUCAAAUACGUUUCCUACUUUCGAUAGUAUUUUGAAAGAAGUGUUUCAUAACAUACAUAAGAUCAAAUGGGUGUUGGGAAACUCAUGCAUGGAGCUUGAGAAAGAUGUGAUCAAGUCAAUAAAUGAUGAUGGCGGAUCAUUUUGGCCCAUUGGGCCAAUUGUUCCGCCAAGUCUCUUUGGUAAAGUAGAUAAGAUUGGAGGCGAUUUAAGCGGCUUUGACCAAUUUAAGUCGGAUAAAGAGAGUGAUUGUUUGAAAUGGUUAGACAAACAAAACCCAAAGUCUGUUAUUUACAUAUCAUUUGGUAGCAUCAUAUAUUCAUCCCAAAAACAAAUAGAAAGCAUAGCUAGUGGUUUAAAGAAAACUAAAAGACCCUUUCUUUGGAUAGUAAGGCUUCCACAAAAUCAAGAAAAAAAAGGGUUUGAGAUAUUGGAAGAGAUUAAGGAACAAGGUUUGGUUGUGAAAUGGAGCCCACAAACCGCGGUCUUAUCACAUCCGUCGGUCGGGUGUUUCCUGAGUCAUUGUGGGUGGAACUCAUUGGUCGAAAGUGUUACCGCUGGUGUACCGGUGAUUGCGUGUCCACAGUGGAGUGACCAGCCCACGAAUGCUAAGCUAGUUACUGAUGUUUGGGGGGUAGGUGUGAAAUUGAACAAGGAUUCGGAUGGUUCAUUGUGUGGAGAAGAAGUGGCAAGAUGUGUUGAAAAGAUUAUGAGUGGCCCAAUAUCGGUGGAGAUUAGGAAGAAUGCGGUAGAGCUGAAAAACGCGGUAGCUGUCGCGGUGGCUGACGGUGGCUCAUCCGAUAGGAAUAUUGAGAUGUUUGUAAAUGAAAUUUCAUCUUUCUCGUGAAAUUUUUACUUACUAGGUUUUGUACACUAAUUAAAAUCAAAUUAUUAUGUACUUGGAGUCAUUAUAAUGUUUGCUAAUGAGCUUAAUUAAUGUAUUCUUUAAUAACAUCCCAAGUUACCAACAA